AUGAAUACCAUUGUUAGUGAAUUGAGUAUGAACGAUUUGAACAAUAAGUUUUUUGAGAUUAUGCAAAAUGAGAGCAACGCAGAAGAUGCUGCUAACUUUAUAUAUGAAAGUGUUUAUGACGAUGUUACUUUAGGGGUGCUUUUUGAGUUCCAUCAUGGAUUAAAAACAGGCUUGACCGAUCUCAUCGAAGGUGAAAAAGAGGAAGAUGAUGGUUUUAAAAUUGUAAACACUUCCGAGUGUGAUGUCUUUGGGUUUUCAAUUUUAAAAAAGACCCCAGACUCGAAUUGUUCGUGUCCUAACUGCGAGAGGCCUGUAUCUGCAACAAGAUUUGCUCCUCACUUAGAGAAAUGCAUGGGUAUGGGUCGCAACAGUUCACGUAUAGCAUCACGUCGUAUCGCUUCUAACAGUCGAGAGCCAACCUCCUAUGCAGGGCUGCUCAGUGAUGAUGAAGAUGACGCCGAUUGGUCCGGUGGAUCCAUACACAGUGAAAGAAGGAAACGCAGAAUUAAGAAUAAUAAUAAUAAACGGCCCAGCAAAGUGCACAAGACUAACAAUGGCCACCAUAACUCAGAUUCUAAUGAUGGUGGUGCAACGUAUGAGACAAUGUCUGCUAAUGAAAAGAAAAACCUAUUACUACAAAUAUGUGGAGUGGUUUCUGAACAUACAAAAAAAUUGUGCACAAGGUCCACCCGGUGUCCACAACACACAGAAGAACAACGUAGAGCUCUCAGGAACAGUGUUCUAGAACCUUCCACUCCCGAGUCACAGAUAGGACUGACAGCUGAUGAAGCAGGGUCUCCUCCCGACUCCAGUCCCUCAUCCUCAUGCUCCUCAUCAAGCAGAAAAAGAGACAGGCACAGGGCACCGCCAAAGAAGAAUAAGAGGGUUCGGGAUAUGUCUCCCAAUGGUAGAGAU